CUUAAUUCCGAAAUGGUUCCCCAUUUCAUUUUCGGACCGUAGCGUAUGGAAUUUGUGAAUUUUUUUCGAACCAUAGAAUUUUCAGAGAUACUUGACGUUCCUAAAUCUAGAUUAUACUGAAAUUAAAACACAACAAACAAAUUCGGCUAUCCCAACUAAAAUGAAUCAUUUGAAGUGGAUGGGCCAUUCGGCAACGAUUUUUGAUAUACAAAGAAAUCUGCGUAAUGAUCCACAAAGCUGUGAAGUGACAUUAGUGGCUAAAGGUCACUCGGUGCGUGCGCAUCGGUUCGUUCUCUCAUCAUGUUCAGACUUACUUCGCAAUCUCCUGGUGGAUAUACCAAUGGGGCAGGAGGCCACAAUAGUUGUGCCAGACAUUAAAGGAUCACUUUUGGAGAGUGUGUUGGCUUUUAUUUACGUUGGCGAAACGAGCCUAACCUCAACCAAUCUAUCAGAAUUCUUGGAAGCUAUUAAUACUUUGGGCAUAAAAAGUGCCAUAAGCUUUGAAUGUAACAAUGCAACAUUGUCUGCAGCAGUUCCGGCAACAAUUCCAGUAAAAACAAUAACUAACAUAGAGAUUGCACAAGAAGAACUAAUCGAGCAACAAGAAAAUAUAGCCGUAGAGAAAAUCGAGACGCAAAAUGUUAUCCAACAUGAAAGAGAGUUGGAAUUUUUGGAUGUCUAUAACGAUGCUCAACACAGUAAAAUUACGUACUCCAUCGAGCACAUGCCGGUCGCCAGCACUGCAAAUGAAUAUAUAUUAACUGAAAAUUCCGGAACAUUUACGCUAACUCAAAAUAAUAAGCUCGAAAAUGCAUCCAACUCUGAUUCAGAAAAGUUGGUUGAGAUGGAAGAUACUACUGAAGAUGCUCAUAUAAUAGAGGAAUACAGCAGCAACAGCGCUGAUCCUAUUAUUGAGAUCGCUGCAAAUACUGCAACUUCAACCACUCCUAAAGCAACUGCCACUUUAACGAAUUCUCAAGUGCCGCAACCACUUAUUCAAAUAAAAUCAACACCAAAAAUUAAAACAAUUAAAAUUAAAUCUCAAACCAGUACAGAAACUGAUCAAAUUCAUCAAUCAUUGUAUACAGCAAUUGACCCCACUGCAGAUCCAAUAUCAGUAUUAAAGACUGAAGAUACCUAUGCUUCUCUAAAUUCUGCACCAGGUGCCCCAGAAGAUGGUCUCUUUUACGCCGUUCAGGCAGUAAUAAAUGAAGGUAUGAGUUUGCAAAAAGCUGCUCAAAAAUAUGAUCUUUCAAAAACUGUCCUUUGGCGAAGAGUACGCAAGCAUCCAAAUUAUAUGAAAACGGCUAGAGAAAAUCCAGUGCUUACUAUGGCCUACGAACGUCUAAAAGGAGGCGAUUCACUAAAAAAUAUCAGUCGGGAAUUAGAUAUACCAAUGUCAACACUACAUCGACAUAAGGUCCGUUUGGCACAGCAGGGACGUCUACCGGACUACGUUUCCUUUAAAAAACGUGACGUAAACUCGAAGAUUGAGUUAAAAGACAAAUUAACUAAAGCCUUGCAUGCCUGUGUACACGAGGGAAUGUCACAGAAUCAUGCCGCAAAUUUAUUUGAUAUACCGAAAAGUACUCUUUGGCGUCAUUUGCAAAAACGUGUAGCAGAAGCAGAGCUUUCGCAGAAACUCGAGCAGGGACACAUCAAGGAGGAAGUUAUAUUAUCUUAAAGCCAGUAUUUAUAGUUAUUUUCUAAGAGUUUGUUAGCCAUUUAUAACUUUAAACUACAUAAGCAAUGAUUCAACUAGGUUAAUUAUGACAACCGCAUAGUUUCUUCUGUAAAUAAACGAACCAUACAUUUUUCUUAGAUUA